CAGCUACCUCGGGAGGAGAUUCUUGCAGCGAGAUGGUGCGGCCCUCGCUCAUCCUAAUCGUCAUCUGAGACCCGCUUUCAAUGGACUAAUUAUUUAGUAUCUACUAUCGAUGUGAAGCCUGCAACUUACCGACCAGUGCCAAGCCGCAUUCAUUCUCCCGCUCACGCCGUCGUCGUCGUCGCUGUUCAUGUGAGAUAGCAUCGAUAAACCAGCAACCACUCUUUACUCUAGCCGACGCACAGAUUGAUAUCCCGACCCAGUCUCUCUUUUAUCAAGUCUUUUCGCAUUUUCAACCUCCCGAUGACUUCACCGUACCAGCCGUCCCUGUCGUACUCGCCGUCUGUUGGCGGCCCCGACAUGACAGCUGGUUCCUCGAGGCCUGUCUCCGACCUGCCCCAAUCUCAAGUUGACGCAAUUAUCCGUACCAAGCGAAAGGCGCGCGAACCAAAAGCUUGCUACCCGUGUCACGCUCGAAAAGUCAAAUGCGAUCGGAACCUACCAUGCGAUGGUUGUGUCAAGCGCGACCAUGCCGAUCUUUGCUCGUACGAACGUCCAUCGAAAAAGCGCGUUAUGACUGGCCCGAUCCCGCAGCCAUACCGUGAUGGUCCUAUUGUCGGAAAUCAGCCUGCUGGUGCAGAGACUCUUGGGUUCACGGGCGAGGCUCCCGUGCGCCUGAAACAAGAACCGGGUGUGGGUCGACCAAGUGUAACAGGGAAUGGAAGCCGGGUUUCAAUUGCGCGCGAGGAGUGGGACAAUGUUCGUACCAGACUGAAGGAAAUGGAGCAAACGAUCAACAACCUCCGAGUUGGUCUGGAAAAGGCGGAGGAAGGGCCGGCGUCUACCUUGGAGACGGGCAGUGUGCAGAGCGGGGAUGCAAGUAGCCGGUCCAAGGCUGCUUCUCCGGAACGGGAGGGCAUCCAUGCGCCGAAUACAUUUGGCGAAGGCACUGUUCACCUGGGGUCUAGGUCAGUCCUAGCCUACAUUUUGAACAACAAAUCCGGAUCCGAUCAACUCCAAGCGCUCUUAGAGGGUGGAAUCUUGCCGAAGCUGGGGUUGGAUAAUGAAUCUGCAACAUAUCCGUUCGUUGACCUGUGGUCUUCGGACAUGUCAACGUUUGAUAUCAGUGCAGUUUGCAGUGCAUUGCCGAGUGACCAACAAUGCCAAGAGUUUUUCUACUAUUACCGAGAUAUAGCAGGCGCCAUCUAUCCGGUCCUGGAGGAUGUCCCUCAGUUUGAGGCAAACCUUAAUCUCAUGCUACGGAAUCGGACGUCUAUGGGUGGGGUGUAUCGCGGGGAUGCCGACCAAGCCCAGAAACCUUUUGGUGUCACUAUUGCCUACAUGGGUCUGCUGUUCGCCGUGCUGGCGUCUGGCUGCCAGUCGUCGGAUUUGCCAGGCAAAGAAAGAGAACUAACCUCUCAAGUCUACGUAUGCUGCUCAUACCAGUGUCUGCGGAUGACCAACUUCCUGUCCCAGCCCACGGUAGACGCAAUGCAGACGCUGCUUGUGAUCGGCAAUGUAUUGUCAUACAAUAUGAACCCCGGAAUAUCGUAUGUUCUGCUCGGUAUGACCCUUCGAAUGGGGCUGGCGCUUGGUUUGCAUGUGGAAUCUGGUCAUUUCACUGCAGCGGAGCGAUAUCGUCGACGCCAUGUCUGGUGGUCUAUGGCAUGGCAGGAUAGCCACUUCUCCCUUUCUUACGAUCGGCCUUCGACGACCGCUGUCAGCCAGCCCGAAAUUGCAUACCGUGAAGACCGGAAGCCCGGCGAAAUAUCUUAUUUCGAGACACUCUGUCGCAUCAUAUCCCUGGCGCUGGAGGUGGUUCGCAGUCGAAUGUUGAGCCCGCACUCGCAACUGAGCUACAAGACCAUUCAAACCUACAAAGAACGCAUCCAGCAGAUCAUGAUCGAGGCCAAGCCUCAUCUCCGGGACCGCAAAUACUGCCUCUCAGCAACGGAACACCUGGAACGGGUCGUCCUCAAGCUGCACUCCUCUUAUUUUUCUUCUGAGCUCUGCCGGCCAGCGCUCAAAGCCACUGCGGACAUCAGCGACCCAGCCUUGUCCAGCAUGCGCACAGACUGUGUGAGCAACUUGAUGACUACGGUGGAAGCCUAUGUCGAGAUGCAUACCGUCAGCUCCCACGCAUCGCGCUCAUGGAUUGCCUUGCAAAGAGCAAUCAGCUCUAUCUUCUUGCUUGCUGUCACCGAGGAGGUCAAAGGCCAUUCUCGUUUCUGGACUCUCCUGCAACAACUCAAAAUGAUCAUUUCCGAACGAGCCAACAUCGAAGGCGAAUUCGCGGCCACUGAACCCACCGUUCCUCCGACUGACGGUAGCGUACGCCUUGGUACCGUCCAAAGACCCCCCAGCACCGCCGCCCCUAGCCCCAUGGGCAUCAACUCCGCUUCUCCCGCAUCUGCCGGCGUCGCUGUCGACACUCAGACUCAAUGGGCCAAGCCCCUGACCAAGACCCUCCGCGCCCUGGAGAAGUUGGAGGCUGCGUUCGGUGCCCAGGCCGCCCGGGCUGCGAGCCAGGCAGGAUCCCCGGCGUAUCUGAACCCAGGCCCCAGCAUGGGCGUUCCACCCGUGUCGGCCAGCAUGACACCCAGCCUUGGAUCCCUUCCGCCGCCCACACCGGAAAGCUCGACCAGCGGCGAGUGGACGAUACCCAAUAUCCUGGACCGCGCAUCGGAGUACAUCCACCCCCCGCUCUGGAGCUAAGGGGCAUACGACCGGUGUACAUUUGCACUCUAAUUAGGCGCUUGAUUUUUUUUGCUGGGGUACAGGGAUUGGCUAGGUAGGAUAGCACGACCGGCGCAUGCACUCUGGGAACAACUUGUAUUCGAACUUCUAGUACCAUACUACAUCU